AAAGAACAGUACACCAAAGUUAUUGCGACAACAGUGUUUGAGUACGACGUACUGGUUUCCGAUCGAUAUAGCCCGUGCAUUUCUCUAACAGCCGGCAAACAAUUCGUCUCGCUCUUUUCUGUUAAGCGGAUAUUUAGUUGCGUAAGAAGGUACGAUGGCUGGUGGUGGCGAUGAUCUGGUGAAGAAGUUCGAGGAGUUCUGCACGCUGGCGGGCUCCAAGGACAAGACGCAGAUGACAUCAAAAGCGAGCGGCAAACUCGUGGCCGACUGCUUUGAAAAGGGGUACAAGAAGUUUGACGUCAAGGCGAUCUGUGACGCCAGUGUCUUCCCUGCUAUCAAGGAAAAGGGAAAGCCGCACAUGGUGGUUAACAAGGCAAACGUGGACAAGUACAUCACCAAGACGGCGCACGAGAUUGCUAAGAAGAAGACGAAGAACACGAAGCUCGCUGAGAAUGACCCUGAAGUGGAAACUAUCAAGGCUGACCUAAUCAACUGCGUGGCCGCCGGGGGACCCCAUGUUAAGGUCGUGAAAACGUCAGCGACGGGAGGUGUGGACCAUUUGACGGACGCCUCUCAAUACACGGGAUCCCACAAGGAGAGGUUUGACGCUUCCGGCAAGGGUAAGGGGCUCGACGGGCGCGUGGACAAAGUGGACGAUUCCGGUUACGUGGGGAACUACAAGGGCGAGGGCACGUUCGACAAGAAAUAGGGGUCAAACUAAGGGCCGCUAUAUUAAGUGUGGGUGCAAAUAAUAGGACAAAUGUACCGUACUUUGUAUUGUUUAUAAUCGUAUAUCAUAUACUUUAGUUUAUGUUUUGUAAGUAUUUUAAGUACUUGUUAUCGAAGGAAGAAAACAACAUUAUGUGUAUUUUACAUUCAAAAUUCUAUCAAUGUGUAUACAAACUUUUGUUUAAUUCAAGUGUUUGAAUCUCAGUAUUGUCAACAUAGUGUUUAAUGGCUGGUAAGUUCUGUCUAUUUGGACGAUUUUAAAACAUUUAUUGUUUCCUAGU